AUGCCAUGUCUUAGAAAACUAGACUUGUAUAAUAAUUUUUUAAAUGAAAUACCUGAUGGUUUAGAGAAAUUCGAUGAAAUAGAUCUGGCAAUGAAUUAUUUUGAAGAACCUAGUCAUGAGGAAUAUGUAAGGAGAAAAGAAAAACUCAGAUCUAAUGUUGCAGACAGAUUUGAUGGCAGAAAAAAUGUUGAGGAGAAAUCAGAUGAUGAAAAGUCUCAUAUCACUGAUGAUGAACUCGUUAGUUGUGGAAGUGAAAAUAGAGUUGACGAGAACCGACCACCGAGCUCACCAGAAGACUGGGAUUCUGACGAAUAUUGGAUACCUCAUCUAACCCCGAAGACUGAAAACCCACAGUCACCCUGGAUAUUCUUUGUUAGAAAAAAGAUUAAUGAAGGAAACUUUUGCCCGAUUGACAAUCACAUAGUACCUAUUGCAGACCAAGUUAAAUAUGAAAAAUUAUGUAAUCCCACAAUUGACUAUGAGACUGACGGACAGUUUGACGAUUUAUCUGAUGACGCUAGUGCUCAAUAUGAAAAUAUCAAAAUUGAUGUGGUUGGUGCUAAAAAGAAUGUGGGUCUCAUAAGUCUCAACAGACCGAAAGCUUUGAAUGCUUUAUGCAAAGAUCUCUUUGUUGAACUUGGCAAAGCUGUUAAGGACUUUGAUGCUGAUGAUAAAAUUGCCACCAUUAUAAUAACAGGGAACGAGAAGGCCUUUGCAGCGGGAGCUGAUAUUAAAGAAAUGCAAAAUAACACAUACAGUAGCAAUGUCAAAGCUGGAUUCUUACAAGAAUGGGAAGACAUUUCUAACUGUGGAAAACCAAUUAUUGCAGCUGUAAAUGGUUUUGCUUUGGGAGGUGGUUGCGAGUUGGCUAUGCUAUGCGACAUCAUAUAUGCCGGUGAGAAAGCCAAAUUUGGUCAACCCGAGAUUAACAUUGGAACAAUCCCCGGAGCUGGAGGUACCCAACGUCUUCCAAGAUAUGUCGGAAAAUCCAAAGCCAUGGAGAUCGUUUUAAGCGGCAACUUCGUUGAUGCUCAUGAAGCUGAGAAAAUGGGUCUUGUCAGUAAAGUUUUCCCUGUUGAGAAGCUUUUGGAAGAAACAAUUAAAUUGGCUGAAAGAAUCGGCACUCAUUCACCACUCGUUGUGAAACUGGCCAAGCAAGCUGUCAACCAGGCUUAUGAAACCACACUGAAAUCGGGUCUACAGUAUGAGAAAUCAUCUUUCUACGGAACUUUUGCUACUGAGGAUCGUAAAGAAGGCAUGACGGCGUUUGUCGAGAAAAGGGCGCCUAAUUUCAAAAACAAUUAA